AUGGGUCAAGAUGAUAGAGUGAUACAUUACACAAAUGAGACGAUUCACGGGAUGAAAACCAACUACAACUCGAACAAGACGCAAGAGCUGUCACUCGACGUUCUCGUUGUCUCCGACUUUUUGACAUAUCAAGCUUUCCUGGAAAUGACAAAUGGAGAUUCGCACAAAGCAGUUCACGAUUUGAAAGUUUACCUCCAGGCGGUUUUCGAUCAGGUCAAAAUUAUUUAUGACGGAAUAUCGUUUAACAAUGAAACGUUGCAUAUGGUGUUUGCAGGAACUUAUAUUUCUACUCAAGAACGAGACUGUCCUCUCUGGUUAAGUUGGGCGGAGGAUGAGGAGGAGAGAGUGCUCAACGAAGAGAUCCGACGGUUGGAAGAAGACGAAAGCCGAUGGAAUUCAACAGUUGAAGACGAGGAGUUUAUGAACACAACGGCUCUCGAUAGCAACUCAACGGAACAAUUGAUAUCCUCGGAAAGGCGGAAGAAGUUGAGAAAGUUUGUAGACGUCACACUGGAGGAGAUGCAAGAAAACAAUAGUACAGAGAUGGCGCUGAAAAUGGACUCAAAGAAGGCGGUGGAUAAGUUCACGAUUUGGUUGAAAGAGCAACAGGGACUUCCGAGGCACGAGCAUGCGGUUUUGAUCACGAAAUUUGACCUAAUCAGCAUAAACGGGAACUCCGCAACCCAAGGAAUGGCGUAUGUCGGUAACAUUUGUGAGAAUGGGGACUCCAGUUCAGUUGUGGAAGACAUUGGUGCGGGACUCACUUCAUUGAUCGUAGCACAUGAGAUUGGUCAUUCCCUCGGCGCUCUUCAUGACGGUGCUUACGAGUCAGCGGAUUGUGACUCAAAUGACAACUAUCUGAUGGCAGUGGCAGUAUCUGGAAGCGCGGAUCACCAAAGUUUUCUAAACAGUCGGAAGAUGAGUAAUUGCAGUAUAAACUCGAUUAUAGAGAAUCUGAAGGAACCAACAGCGAGUUGCGUGAAGAAGUGGAAAACCAAGGGUAGUGAGAAGAAUGCCCAGAAAGAUUUCAUGAAGAAACCAGGGGAGACUGUAAAUCUGGCAAGACAGUGCCAGAUUGCAUUUGGACCAACUUUCAAGCCCUGCUUGCGUUUGAUGGUACCGAUUGCGGUUAUAAUAUGUGGUGCAUCGAAGGCCUUUGCGUUCAGAACACCAAGAAAUGGAUGGACUGCAAAGACCUGA